AACGUGUGAUUUUUGCAAUCGAGCCGUUUCCAAUAGUUGAUAUAUGAUAAAUACUUUCCAAUGACUUUUGAAGGGUUGUGACAGUUUUGGUAAAUCCGAUUUUUUCGGCUUUUUUAUUUAUUUGAGAAGAAGACCUAACCGACGUACCAGUACGUUGUCUUUCCAAUAGGAAAUCGCCUUUCAAAUUAAUGUGGAUCAUAGGGCAAAAAUAUCAUUUUUUAACCUUCUCCUCAUGAUUUGUCCUUGCUAUUAAGAAAAUAACGACUAAUUAAAUACUGCCAGGAAUUGUGUUGUUUCUUUCAUUAUUUACGCUGGUCGUAGUUUUUAAUAAUGGAUAAUUCACCAAAUAAUAUAAAUCCGUCCCGUCAAGAGAGAAGGAGGCAAUUGACGUUAUCUUUCCAUCCCAAUAGUGGAAUGACAACAGUGUUUCCACCACAACUACAAAAUAGAGUCUCUACAAAUUCGUUAAAUAUUGGAGAUACGAAUUCUUCAUUUCUAAGACAGCAAAGAUCUCCCAUGAAUUUGGAAGGGCAUAGAGUUAGGACUCCUCAAAUGUCUAAUAAUGAGAUAGCUGAACGAACCACUCGAGAACGCAUAAGAUUGUACACCCAAAAUAUUCAUUCUACAGGGAGCCUUCAGGUUUCUCCUGAGCAGGUGUACAGUUUUACAUCAGAAGAUUUACUUGAUAUGGGUGAAAUUGGUAGAGGUGGUUUUGGAACAGUGAAUAAAAUGUGUCACAGGGCUAGUAAUACAUUUAUGGCAGUUAAGAGGAUACGUUCUACCGUGGAUGAAAAAGAGCAAAAACAAUUAUUAAUGGAUUUGGAAGUAGUUAUGAAAUCUAAUGAUUGCCCUUACAUUGUCCAGUUCUAUGGUGCAUUAUUUAAAGAAGGAGAUUGUUGGAUUUGUAUGGAAUUAAUGGACACAUCUUUGGAUAAGUUUUACAAGUACAUUUAUGAUCAUUUGCAAAAAAGAAUUCCUGAGCUGAUUCUUGGAAAGAUCUCAGUUGCUACUGUAAGAGCUUUGAAUUAUUUGAAAGAAAAGCUUAAAAUAAUCCAUCGGGAUGUUAAACCGAGCAACAUACUCUUGGAUAGAGGAGGAAAUAUCAAACUGUGCGACUUUGGCAUUUCUGGACAACUUGUGGAUUCCAUAGCUAGGACCCGUGAUGCUGGAUGUCGACCGUACAUGGCACCCGAAAGAAUCGAUCCACAACGAGGGAAAAGUGGAUAUGAUGUUAGAUCGGAUGUUUGGUCUCUGGGAAUCACAUUAAUGGAAGUUUCAACAGGUAAAUUUCCAUACCCUAAAUGGAAAAGUGUAUUUGAACAACUUUAUCAAGUUGUAAAUGGUGAUCCUCCAUCGCUUAAGCCAAAUUAUGAACUUCAUUUUUCAACUGAAUUUAUAUCAUUUGUAGAUACCUGCUUAAUCAAAGAUGAAACACAACGGCCAAAAUAUAAUCGCUUAUUGGAACAUCCUUUCAUCAAAAUUAGUGAAAACUCCGAUGUCGAUACUUCUUUAUAUUUCAGCUAUAUAUUAGACAAUAUGUAUAUCAAUGAAACAGCUAUGUUCACAACAGAUAUACCUUGAUGUUUCUAAUUUGUAUACCAUGUGAUAACUUUCUAUUGUAUUAGAAGCAGUGCUUAGAUUUUGAAUGUUCACAUUUUACAGGGUUAUCAUUGUUAUUGCCCCUUCAAUUGUGUGUUGUUUUUGUUUUAAAUCUUAUUGUAAUUGCUAUAAAAAAAUUCAUUAACUAAAAACUACCAUGAAUUUUGAAAUUUUUAAUAUAAAUAUACACCUGUAUUGGUUAGGUUAUAUAGGUUUUUACAUAAUAAAAAAUUAUUGAAUAUUCUUUUAAGAAAGUAGCAUAAAAUCUAUAGUAAAAUAUUGAUAUGUUUGUUUGACAGUGCAUUUAUUUGCUGUUAAACAAUAUACUGUUGUUCAAAUUAAAAUUUUAAAGUUUUUAUGAGUUUUUAAAUUAAGAUAUUAAGUAUUGUUAAUUUUUAUUCAGAUGUUUAAAGGGUGGCUUAAAGAUAGGGCCAUUUCACACCCAAAUCUGUACAAAUGUUUAUAAUGCACAUUCAGCAUUUUUGCAUUUGACAUGUU